AUGGCAAGCCGUUUAGCAGUGUUAGCGCUCUUGCUGGCUUGUGUUGUUUGGGGAGCUUGGCUAAACUACGUUGCAACUGCUCGCGUCGAAGGUGAGGCCGGUUUACAGAUUUAGCUAUUUUCUUUUUCAGGAUUUUUCUUCGUCAACAUCAGCUAUAACCUUUUUUUUUGUGUCUUUAGCAGCGAAGAUCAAGAUUUGCCAUUAUUUCAGCUAUUAUUUACGCAAAAGACCUUGUAAGGUCGCAAUUUGUCAAGAAAGCUUAAUUCAUCGCUUCAACUCUAGGAGAAUUUUGUCCAGCGCGCCGACGACUGAACCACCACCUGAACCGUUAGCCUGAGUCACAUACAACUUAAGUAUGAAACGAACGCGGAUUUUUCAGAACGGCUUAGGUGAAGUUGGGUUAAAUUUGUAGAUGUGACUUAACACUCAACGGAGAUUUUGCCAUCACGGGAGAAUCUUUAAAAUUUUCGCGUUUAAGUACAUCACAUAACGGACAGUUAUCUAAGCAGUAAUUAAACUGCAUUUUCACCGUAAGAACAUCCACUGUGCAAAGGAUAUCGAAAUUUGAGUAAUAAAACUAGUGAAAAGUUUCCAAAACAAGCAAAAAUGUUUUUAUUUGUUUGUUUUGUUUUUCUUUUUUCCAAAAAGCUUUACGAGAAAAGCAACCUCUGCAUUAAAUUUUAAUAAACAAUUGGUCAGGAGUUGAAAUAUCAUUCUUGAAUUAUGUUACUCGCCAACGUUCUUUAAAAUCUGUAACACAGUGUAAACAAAAUUUAAAUCGUCUUUAAAUCGGAAGCUCGAAAAGGCCACACCCUAGUGGUGUUUUCCUGGUCCCCGAGUUUUGAAGAGAAAGCCCAGUAACGUUAGAAUGCUGGCGGAUGCUGGAGGAAAAGGUUUAAACCCCGAGGUACUCCGAUUAAAUGACCAAUACUGGGAGACUCCGCCCGAAAGGGGCACCUUUUGUAGCGUAAGGAUUUCACUAUAGUUAAAGUAUAUGAAAAGGGAGGGAAAUCUGUCACUUCGGACGGUAAAAGAGAGAAACAGGUGCAUUUUCUGUUCUGGUUUUGUAAUUUAUUCAUAGCGGAGUUCUUGCAUGCGCGAAGCGGAGUCCCAUGGGUAAGAGAAUUUGGUUAUCUAUACAUCCAAGAAAUUUUGGUUCUAAGAAAAUCAUCCGUACAUUCGUCUGUAGGUAACUUAACCCUCUCGUGUAAGCCGGGAUGAAAUGUUGCAUUUCAAGCACCUGCCACGCGUUUCGGCAUGGCCACCCGGAUCCUUAGAGAGAAUAAACAACAAACACAACAAAGCCGAUUCUUUCUUUCGACUAAAUUUCAAUGUCUACAUUGAUGUGGAUAACAGAGAAAAAGCUAGACUGAGAGAUAAAAAACAAAGGAGACCAAGUUCGUUGGAAGUGAGAAAACUAUGAAAUUUUUGUACCGGCAGUGAGAAAAUGAGAAAUGCUAGCGGCCACCGAGGUGAAAAUAGUCAUCAACGGCAGUGAAAAAAAAAAGGGAACAGGAACACAUACGACAUUUGCUCCAUAAAACGCGUUACUAGGAAGUUUCUGGAAGUUUCACGUUGUAGUCGUGCAAAACAACGACAAAGAAAUGUACAAAAAAAGAAAUUGUGCUGCACCCGGCAAAGUUGUUUUUUUCCUAAGUAGACCUACUGAUUUUAUUUUGGCCGUUUUGGUUGCCGUCUCCGCUUAGCAUUACACGAUUUUAUACUUUGUUUGAGUUAACUAUAAAAAUUAACGAGCGCUUUAAACCCAGCACAUUUACGACAGUCAAAAGGGAGAUAAAAUUAACGUUCUAAACUAGAUUUGUGAAAGGGGUACCAUUUUGUCAAUAGAAGGUACAUAAAAAGGGUACCCCUUCUAGCAAAAAUGGUAUUUAAAAGGGUAAAGGGUUGGACAUCGGAAGGAGCCUUCCCGUAUAAAAUUUUGUUGAGUACCCCCGGGGUCUGAACAGUUUUGAAUAAGAAAAUGCAUUUCGUGCAGGUUUAAUACAAAAAUGGAAUUGGAUGAGCGCGAGUAAAAUUUUUGCACUGGCCCGUUAAAAUGUCAAGUAAUUCUGGAAACAUUUUCGUGCAACUUGUCGCACAACAUUGUUGCAUUGCAAGUUGAAAAGCGUUGUUGCUCCCAACUUCGCUCCCAACUUGUGACGCAACAAAUUUCAAUGUUGCAAGUUGCGGCAACAUGUCGCACAAAGUAGGCCUGAGUUCUACUUUUUGCUACAAACUUUCAAUUUUAUGUUUUGCGUCACAACUUGCUAUGCUUCACAACACUUGUGAUUGGUCAAUUUUCCGGCACCAAAAGCGCGGGAAAGAUGGUGAGUAAGCGCGCGCUUGACCUCAUGUAAAUUUUGGGCAGGAACUAAUUAUAAAUGGCCCGUCAGGACGAGUGCAAUUUGCGGUCUUUGAAAAUUUUACAGGUCCUCUGCAUUUCUUGCAAAUUACAUGAGAAAAAUCAUGUGAUUACUAAUUAGUAUACAUACCGUUAUUGCAGUGCAAUAAAGUCACUCAAAUUCUCUCUUAAUUAUAUCAAUUUCUGUUUCAGGAACCUGCGGACAAAACAACCGACGCAUCACAUUUCUGACACCAGUCGGAGGGUUUUACCUUGAAGGACACGUGUUUUCAAAUCAUUCUGUGGAACUAAACCUAGACUGCCAAGACCAAUGCGCCCUUGCGAGGGAAUGUGUUUCAUAUAAUAUUGGUCCAAAGAUCAACAACAAGAUGGCCUGUGAACUCAGUAAUUCCGAUCACUUUCAGCACCCAGAAGAUCUCAAACCAAGAAAGGACUGGAUGUACAGAGGGACAAAGGUAUGAUCUGUAAAUUUGUAAUGUACGUAACUUUAUUUCUUGUAAUAAUUGCAACUCUGUUAAAGUGUGUCACGAGUCGAUAAAAAGAUUGUUGUUGUUGCAAAUAACGUUGCCAAGUCAAGAUGAAUUUUGAACCAUUUCCACCAUCAUGUAGUGGUUGAUUUAUGAUAAUUCCAAGCUUCUGAUGAUAAAGAUGAUAAAAAUGUCGGUGUUGGCGGUAUAUGCAGUUUCCUAUAAUUUAUUUUAAAUUCUAAAUCUCCUCUUCGGAUUGGCUGCAAUCCGCCCUUUAAAUUUUCAUAAUUAUACUUUAAUUUAAAAACCUGGAUGAUUUAUGUCCAUUUUUCAACUAUACAUAAUUAUGUGUUUGUAUUAUUGGACGCUCGACGACGGUGGUCUAACUUACAAAAAAAAUGUAUUAAAUAACGUCGCACACCAAAAAGAGAACAGUUUUGGGAGUAAAGAAAAGAGUUGAAAACUUUAGCACUAAAAAAAGAUACAGUUUAGCUUCCAUUAAGUGCCCAUUAUUAUUAUUAUUAUCGACUUUCGGUUUUUGUUUUCGAGCCUUUUUGGGCUGCCGGUCGCGCGGGAUAUCUUUUCGUUCCAAAAGCGGUAUUUUUUUUUCCUUUCGUUUACGUUUGAAUAAAAAUUAUUGCAUAAUUCCAGCGAAAGAAUAACGGAAAGGUUUAAAUAGGAAUAGGGUUCAUCGUAGUUCAUCAUAGCCUACGAGAAGCUGAUUUAAAUAAAAAUUCAUUGAAGCUGCGUUUCUUUAACAGAAUCUUUGUGCCAGUCAACCUUGCCUGAAUAACGGAACGUGCUACAUGGGAUAUACCGAGAAGAACUACGUUUGCGCUUGCACAGCUGGUUUCAAAGGUGAAAACUGCGAACAAGGUACUCUCAUCCCAUUGUUGUCACCUCUAUUAAGCGGCCAUCAGGCACUUGACCGACUAUUUUUUGUAAGUUUGGCUUUAUUUCAAGAAUAUGAUAAAGGGAAACAGUCCGAGAUAGACGUUGACGACCGAUUGUGGACCAGAAAUGCUGGCGCCGUCGCGUGUUUUUUUUUUUUUUUUAAUAAGGUAAUAUUUCUGCUAAAGAUUAUGCUAAUUUAUGACGAGGUUAUAUGACUAACUUCUUAGUCACGCGUCUUUCAUAUUGCAUUAAAGUGAUAAGGAUUCGAAAUGCUGUAGCUGCAUUCGUGUUUUCCAGUUUACAGAAAUUGUGCUGAGCUCUAUGAAGCCGGUUUUCGAACCAGUGGUGUCUACACUGUCGACCCUGAUGAUGCUGGAGCCUUUGAUGUGUACUGUGACCAAAAAACAGCCGGUGGGGGAUGGACUGUGUUCCAAAAGAGACUGGACGGCUCGGUAGAUUUCUAUCGCGGCUGGGACGACUACAAAGGAGGCUUUGGAAAUAUGAAUGGUGAAUUUUGGCUCGGACUAGAAAAGAUUCACAGACUGACAAAAGAACAAUGCAGGCUUCGGGUAGACCUGGAAGACUUCGAAAACCAAACAGCUUACGCUGAAUACGACUCCUUCGGUGUUGGUGAUGAACAGAGCAAGUACAAGCUGGGACUUCUUGGACAAUACGCUGGUAAGACAUAAUACUACACAGGAGCCUAUGAUGGGCCCCUGUACUACAUUAAUGAUGAAAACCAUAAAAAGGGGUAACGUUUAGGUUACUAUUUGAGAGGUCACAGUUAUUCAAAAUUUAAAAACUUAGAAAUUUAGAAACUGGCAACUGUCGUCCGGUAUUCCUGUACCCGAUCUUUAACUCAGACGUUUCUUAGUUUCACCGAUCUACUAUGUUUCAGCGAUUGCAUUGUUUUAACGCGAUUCUUAGUGUUGUGAGAGAACAGUUUGUUCAUAGUAGCUUGCUAUAAGCACGCGUGAUUAUUCCAACUCGCUUUCUUUGACAAAUGUAGACGAAUUUCAGGGUCGAAACGAGUUAUGGGAUCAGGAAUAAAAGGAAAAAAAUGGGGUGGGAUCAGGGAUCACAGGCCCGGGAUCUGGGAUCCUUAGUCGUGGGAUCGGUAUCGGUAGUGCUACAGGUGAUCAGGGAUAGUUUUCCGACAGAAUUGCGAAAAAAUGCUUUAAUGGGAAGGACCUGCCCUCGUUUAAAAACUCAGUUGCUCAGUUGUACUUUGGUGUAACACUGAUUUGUUCCGGUACUUAAGUGUAUGCAAUACGACUUUUUUAGUACACCGCUGACUCUCGGCUGGGAGUUAUCUAGCUAUUGACUCAUUUUUUGUAACUAUACCUUACAUUCACUGAAAUACCGAAUUGGUCUGGGUUUUUGACCACCAAAUAAGGACUUAAGAACCUUGAAAUUCAUACCAUGGUCAUUACCUUUUGCUAAUGAUUUCCCUCUGUACAGUCAAGAAGACUUUUGAAGGGACUGAUCAAACAACGUGAAAUAGAGUUUAGUUGCGAUAUUUCGACUGGCCAAUACCAGUCUUCAUCAGUUUUAUUGAGAUAUUACGAAUUUUCAGAAAAAUAUAUGAAGUAAAAUAAUGACCAGAAAUUACAUACGUGGUAUGGUGUGGCUACGUACUUUAAAAGACAAGACAACAAAAAAAUAAAAGAUGUACCAUAUAUAGUUACAGUUCAUCACGUUUAUUAAUGCCCAGAGGCUCAAUUGUCUUAGCUUUGUGGAUAAGGUGGGCUUCGCUUGCUUUCCUGAAGGAAUCACGCCCCUUUUUAAGUUUUUCAAUAGGAAUCAAAAGCAUAUGAUUGUCGGAAUGAUUACUGGUUAGAAACUGUUCUGAAACUGCACUGAGUAUGGAUGUAAUUACCAGUAGGGUUGAGUAUAGUUCGUCUGUGUUCAUUAAAACGGUCUUUGAGGCGACGAUUAGUUUCUCCACAGUAUUGUAGAUUACAUAGGCGACAUUGAAUCAAAUAGAUAACAUUAAAAGUUUCACAAGUGAUAUGAGAUUUGAUGUGGUGGGUUUCACCUGUAGAAUGAAAAGUGUAUUGAUUACGGCCAUGUUCAAUAUAGGGACAGCUGGUGCAAUUAUAUACAUGCCUUUUCGACAAUAAAAGACAAAGUUUUUCAAUGGACAAAACCCUAUUAUUACGGCACUCGUUAUUGCACUUGGUACUGUAAACUUCUAUAAUAAUUGUAUUUUCUCCUGUCCAUGCUCAAGAGAGCAUACGUGGUCUCUUGCAAGCCUUUAGCAGCUCCCGAUUCCAAGCCUCUGAUGAUCAACGCAAAUUACUUUUAAAUAUCAAGUGGCAAGUGUUGGGAGAAGACGGCAAAUGACGAAGCCUGUUCUUAUUAUGUUAGGGAGAAAGUGUGCGAAACAUCUUAACCAAACUUACAAAGCUUACAAGGCGAAAGAAUUGUCGAUCCUGGAUCUGUAAAAUAAUGUAGUUUCUUAGCUCGUUGUUCAGGCCAGUGACCAUUAUCUUUACCCAGAGAGAACUCAAUCUGAUCUCUUUUUGUUAAUUAAAAGUUAGUCAAAAUUCUCGAAAAGUCUUGCUUUUUUGAAUAGCUUGCCCGACGCAGCUUACUCCAUCCGCAGUAAGCUGGUAAACUGCUUACAAUUAUGUUAUGGCGUAAUUCAAGCGAAUAUAAUCUAAAUCUACAUCAGUAAGAGGAUUAGGUCGGAUGGUGAUGUAUACAACUAGGGGUCAUGUGGCUGAAAAGAGUUGUUAACCGGUGCUACCGAGGCGACGACUGAGAAAAAGCUAGCUAGUGCAUACCCCAUUCAUUCUGAGGUGAUCAGCCAAUCUUACUGACAUUUCUUUUUGUGUUAAUAAAAUUUUGCUAAAUGGAAUUGAUCUCGUUUUAAAGGGAACAGGGCAAAAAACAAAAAGUACUAAAAUGAUACUAGUACUAUUAUGAUAGAAAUGAUGAUAACUGAUAGAACUGACUGGAGCAAAAAACUCUUCAAUCAGUAACUUGGCUGGGACUCUGCUGAAGAAAUCGAGAGACACUUUAUUUUGUAUUUUAUUCAGGUUUUAUCGAUUAGAAAGUUCCACCCGUUUACUUUUACUUAGGGACUGGUCAAAAAGUAUGGAGGGGGGGGGGGGUGGUCCGGAGCAUUUCAAAAUGUGGUUGAUAAAAAACACAUCGCCCACCCCCUCCCUUCGGCACAAAAAUGACUGACCCACCCCUAAAGCAAGGUUGGAAAUUGCAUGACACACCUCCUAGUUAAAACAUGGAUGUUUGGUUUCCUCUUAAAUUAAUCCAAUAAAAGCUUGUUCUGUGCUUGACAAAAUUUGUUGAUGCACUGCUACAACCAAUAUCAAAAUCACAGAAAUCAUACCUUUCACUGAAAAGACAAAUGUGAAAAACCGAACAUUUCUUGUUUCGAUGGACGUUAUGAGUCUUGACACAAAUAUACAGCAAAACGAGGGUAUAUUGAACUUGUCUGUCGCAAAGCAUAUGAAAAUUUCUUCAAAGACAACCCAUUCCUGCAUUCAUAAACCCAUUCCUUGCCGGAAAUGGUUAGAUUAAUCCUCAAAGAAAAUUUCUUCCACUUCAACAAGUGGAAAGCACUACCACAAAACCAUUGAACUGCAAUGGGCACAAAGACAGCAGUUUUGAUUCCUUUGCCAAUAUUUUCAUGACAUAAUUGAAACAACAACUCUAAGCAAAACUGUCUUUAGAACAACAGUUUAAAAAUGCUACAUACACGAUAUCUUUUCCCUAUGUGACGUGAGUAAACCAGACAUCGAAGCCUUCAUUGAACAAGCAAACUUACAUCACCCAAUUAACUAUUGAAUUCAUGGCCAAAACAUUUGACACUGAGACUGCGUUUUUAGACACGGUCGUAAACAGAGGCACAAGAUUCAAGGAAAAAUCUAUCCUUGAUGCAAAGACACAUUUUAAACAAACGGAAGCAAUCUCGUGCACACACAUUUCACCUCGUGUCACCCUCCAAAUGUUAAAAAAGGAUUUGUUAAAGAAGCCUUGAGAAUCCUACGAAAAAACUCCUCAGAAACAACCUUUGAGGAAAAUAAUUCACAUUAAAGAAAAAAAGAAAAGAAAAAAAACGCUUGUUGGACGGAGGCUACCCACAAUCUGAUAGAAAACCUACUAUCAGAAAUAAAAUUCACAAAAGGGAGUCUAAACUCCUAAAACAAAACAACAAGGUGAAAAAAGAAAUAUUGCCAUUCCUGACAAAAUACCAGCCCUUAGUGUCUACUAUAAAGGAAGCUUGAAUGAAAAAAUGGAAUCUUAUACAAAACCAACUAUAACUUCAAUAAAUUUUUAAAGAACCACCAAUCAUUUCCUUACAAAAAAGGAAAACCAUUAAAGGACAUGCUCGUUAGAGCAAAAAAAAACAAAGGUUGACGGAGGGUUCCACGCCCGUAUAAAUGUGCAGCCUGUCUUGCACAACAGGUUUGUGAGUAUUUUAGCAGUAAUUCCAGCUGGCUGUGUUUUAUAUAACUAGUGUAGUCAACUGUCUCGUUAGUAGUUAGUGCCUAUCUAUGUAUAAAAGGGUAGCUGAAAAUUGCACGACCCACCCCUUUCACAAGGCUCAAAACCUCAUGACCCACCCCCUCUCUACCCCACCCCCCGCCCCUAUACUUUUUAACCAGUCCCUUAUGUUCAGAUAAAAUAACUAAAGAUUAAAGAGAGCUAAACACUCUGAUAAGUAGACUGCAUGUAGUAUAGUUAAGGUUAAAUGCCCCAUUUUUCACGGUAAAAAUUUUACUUAUUUGGAGUGCUGGUACUUUCUCACUUUCCAGCCGAAACGCCUAAAGAAGGGUUAUUUAGGACCAUUAAUAAAAAUUUAUGGUACGAAAUGAGGUUGUUGUUUAUCUUUUUAGGAACUGCCGGUGACUCUCUUGCAUGGCAUCGUAAUAUGCCAUUCUCCACCAGAGAUCAAAACAAUGACCAAGCCAGCCAUAUUAUUAACUGUGCCAUUAAGCAUGAGGGAGCCUGGUGGUACCAUCACUGUCACUAUUCCAACUUAAAUGGUCGCUAUCUUAAUGGGAGUCACUCCUCUUAUGCCAACGGUGUAAACUGGUAUCACUGGAAAGGCUAUCAUUACUCCGCCAAACGAGCUGAAAUGAAAACCAAACCUUGAUAAAUGAACUGUGUAAGUCUAUAAUGAUCAGUGUGUUCUACUUUGUAUAUCUGCGCUGAAAGACCAAUUAGCGGUAAUCCGGGAUUAAAAUUUUGUUCCGUUUUCGUAUUCACCUUCCCAAUGUAUGGCUUAGAGUUACAUUUUGAGUUAUUAUUACUGUAUCUCCGAGUAAAGGCUUAACAGUAUUU